AGCCUGACAAUUGCCCAAAGACCGGAUUCGUUUAUGGUUGCAUGCAUGAGAAUUGCAUGAGAACCGCAAGAGUCGAUCUCACCUCUUUUUUCUCUCUAGCCUCUUUUAUGCCAAAACUUGGUUGCCAAGAUGGCAGGGGAGGACCAGAGCGACCCCUUGCUCUGGGAUGAGGAUCGAGUGGUGCAAGAACUCUGCACCGCAAAUCGGUCCUGGACAUCACCCUCCGCCAAGCGACUCCCGGAUCCCGCCGCACUCGAACUAAAACUUCGUGAAUGCGGCGUUGAUGGAGAGUCCCUUCUCACAUACGAGGACGAAUUUGGGUACGACCAGUUGUGGCGCUACCUUGGUGUCAAAAAGCUGCCUCACCAGCUUGCGCUCAAGGACGCUAUCAAGCAACUCAGAAGGCGCAGCGAGGGAUACCGAGCAUGGAAGGCUGAGCAGCUGGCUAAUAGCCAGUUGCAUGCCGACCAAGAUAACCCCCCGCCCAUCAAAUUCGAACCAUACAAGCCAGCUGAACUCGAGCAUGCCGCUGGGCCCGAGCCUGUGUCUGGCUCGGCCGCCGAUCAAGCCGAUGCUGGGCUGGCAUUCCCAAGCACUUACCCCGGUGUUUUGUCCCCGACACUCUCGGCAUCUGCCGGCCCCGACUUACCGGUAGUAUCUUCCCACGUAUUAGGGGUCCGCCAGUCUAACCAGGAGGUAUUGGAAGAACCGCCAAGUAAGAAGAGAAGGAUUGCGCCCAUAAGUGUCUCCGCCGAGACCACGGGUAACAACGCCUUUUCCGUCAUCCCAACCGAAGGCGAUCUAUUUCUGGACAACACGAUAGAUACCACGCUGCAAAUAGGCGAUUCUUCUGCCUUCCUGGGCGCCGGCGUUUUGCGGCGCGCUCAGCUCCUCGAGCCCCAAAUGGAGGAUCUGACAGCCUCACCCAAGUAUCCGUUCGCAUUCAUGCAGAGGCAGCUUCCUCCGGGACGCCGCAUCCAGGUCUCGGGAGUCAUGAAGCGGUUUCUACGAACCAAUUUCGCCGACAAUCUUCAGGAGAGCGGUGAGGAGGAUGAGGAGGAGUCGGAAAUCGGACAAUCUGAUGACGAACAGAGCGUCGACUCGGAGACCUGGCGCGAGUACCAACAGGAGGAGGCGGAGCGUGCGGCGAUGGAAGCGCGUAGAGAAUGCCCCAAGGACAGGCUUCUCAGCAAAGAGGAGGUGGUCGAGGCGGUCAGCAUUGCAAUACAAGAGCUGGAGUCCCAGUGGGUGGCUGAAAAGAAGCCCAAAUACGAUUUGAAGGCUUGGAAGACAUGGCAGGAUGCCCGCCGGAACCCCGACCGCAUGGCUUUUAUCGACUUGGCGAAGAAGGAGAUGGACCACUUCGUAAGCCGUAUCGCGCGCUACUCUAAGCACAUUAUCAACCAGCCGUGGACUGUUGGAAAUGACGUUCAGAAGAAAGCGUCUGGCUACUUGGAAGCGAGCGUUUUCGACAAGAAACACAAGGCCUGGCUGAUUGAUGUGGUUGAGAGCCCACUCCAACCACCACGACCGUCGACCCUCCCUCGUCCGGCGCCCAGACGAGCGAAGCAAACGAUCGUCAAUGACGACGAGGAGGUGUUAACAAGCGAUUCGGAUGACAUGGAUGCGUUCAUCGAAUAUGAUGAUAAUGCCAUUCCGCUUGUCAAUGACGAUAUGGACAUCGAUCCGGAGCCGCUUCAGGACGAGGCUGCUGCCCAAGCCAGUUCCGUUCGCAGUGUUUCUGCCACUCCCGAUGGCAGGGCUGGGGCCGGUUUUUCUCCGGCGAAAACGACACCGAGCGAGCAACCCAACGAUGGCCCAGCUCCGGAGCCUCUUACCCCCCGGAAGAUCAAAGUCGAGAAGGCUUUGGUGCCGGCAACUCCCCGUCACACCGAGAUUUCGGCCAGGGAGGUCAUAGUGAUCGACUCGUCCCCCGCGUCACCGGUCGAACAGCUCGACCAAGUUCCGGGUCUCGACGACUUUGAGAGUCUCGAGAAGAUCAGAGAGGCCGGGCUUGAUCAUUGGGAAAAGGCCAAAGAUGCUGAACGGCUUGUCGUGGCGGUGGUGUCUGAGUGGUCGCGAGAGAGAAUCGCGAAAGUGUACUGGGGGGUAAAAAACAGGGACCAUACCGAUAUAUGGGCCAAGUACAUGGCGCCAACACUUGAGGCUCCCGAAGACCCCAGUUUAGCCACGACCGACUUGGUGGCGUUCUGUCUAUGUCGUGCUUUCGAUGCUUUCGUCACUAUAUCUGCUAGAAGGAUCACCUUGCUGACGUUGAGGCUUUCGACGCGCAACAAGUUGAAACGUUUGGGAGACUCGUUUGCUGGCUUCUGCGCAUUCUUCAAAAAGAUCCUUCCACUAUUGUUGGAAUUGCCCCCCGAGACGCCGACUCGGAUCGUGCUCAAGACACCCCAGAGAGGGGGCCCAAGCACUCCAACGCCAUCGAGAAGAACUCGGGAGCCCACGGACGGCCCCAGCACAACCGAGGGGUCCUCGUCGGAUGACAUGCCGGCACCGUCGACUAAGAAGCGACGGCGGCGCAAACGACGGGAUGCGGAUGCCCGGGAUCUUCGGAUGGGGAACGUGAAGCGCAACGAAGAGCUUGCGCGGCGCACCCACGAGCUGCGCGAGAGACUUGCCCAGCAGGGUUCGGUUUCUAGCAAGCAUGCCCGUCUCAUUGUCAACGAGACCAAGGAGUCGGACGACCAGGCACUGAUAUAUAUCAAUGACCAUAUCGGGAGCAGGAUUAAAGACCACCAAAUCGACGGAGUUCGGUUCAUGUGGGACCAGGUCGUCGUCGACUCGAGCGUCCGCCAAGGUUGCUUGCUUGCGCACACCAUGGGCUUGGGAAAGACGAUGCAGGUGAUCACCCUUUUGGUAGUCGUUGCCGAGUCAUCCGCGUCGCCGGACGAGUCCGUACGCUCCCAGAUCCCCGAGAGUCUGCGGGAGUCCAGGACGUUGAUCCUAUGCCCCCCGAGCUUGGUGGACAAUUGGCAAGAUGAGAUCCGCAUGUGGGCACCCGAUGAGGUGCUGGGCCCGGUGCACAGGCUAGAAUCGGCAUCUUCCCCGUCUGCGCGCACGGCGCUGAUCCGAACUUGGGUUGCGUCUGGCGGGGUGCUCAUUCUCGGCUACACCAUGUUCACCAUCCUUGUCCAGGGAGAUGCGGACAUGGCCAAACUGUUGCAUGAGACACCCAACCUCGUCAUCGGUGAUGAGGCCCACUACAUGAAGAACCCAGCAUCCCAGAGACACCAAGCCACUGCCCAGUUCAAGACUAUGAACCGCAUCGCCAUGACGGGCUCGCCUCUCACGAACAAUGUCAUGGAUUACUACGCCAUGAUCAGUUGGGUAGCCCCCAAUUAUCUAGCCGACAUUGGCGAGUUCAGGGACAGAUUCUCGAAUCCGAUAAGGGAAGGACUGUAUGUGGACAGCGAGCCUUACAAGAAGAGAAAGGCGCGGCGGAUGCUCCAUGUUUUGAAAGAGACGGUGGGCCCCAAAGUGCAUCGGCGAGACAUCGAGGUCCUCCUGAACGAGCUCCCCAAGAAGAAGGAGUUUAUCAUCACCCUUCCUUUGACCAAGGUCCAGACGCGGUCGUACAAGACGUAUAUUGAGUGCGUGAUAGAUCCCAGCAGGGAGCUGGUAACCGGUCAAGCGAGGGCAUGGAGUCUCGUCGCUACACUCGGCCUUGUCCUCGCCCACCCCAUCAUUUUCAAGACCGUGGUAGAAACCCAAAAGGCCGGCAAAGCCAAGUCAUCCAAGCCAGGAAAGCCCGAAGACAAUGAGGAGAUGCCGAGGGACAUACCACAGGACGUGCUGAGCCAGAUGCUUACCACCGUAUCCUUGCGCGAGAUUGAAGAUUACACUCUCUCCAACAAGAUUGUCGUCCUCCUACGGAUCUUGGACGAGUGCAGGAAAGUGGGAGACAAGGUCCUGGUGUUUUCGCAGAGCAUCCCGACUCUGGAUUAUAUCGAGAAUAUCUUCAAGCGGAAGAGGGUGGUAUAUAAACGGCUGGAUGGCAAUACACCCAUGCCUACACGGCAAGACUCAGUCAAGAAGUUCAACACGGAUUCCGAGUCCCAAGUUUACUUGGUUUCGACCAAGGCUGGGGGUGUCGGGCUCAACAUCUACGGCGCGAACAGGGUCAUCAUUUUUGACUUCAAGUACACUCCGACCGACGAGCAGCAAGCGAUUGGCAGGGCUUACCGUCUCGGCCAGACCAAGCCGGUCUACGUCUACUGGCUGACCAUUGGCGGCACAUUCGAGGACACCAUCCACAACAAUGCCGUCUUCAAAACUCAGCUAGCCUCGCGCGUGGUGGACAAGAAGAAUCCGGACCCAUGGUCGACACAGUUCAACAAUUAUUUCAAGAUGCCGAGGGAGGUAGACCAGGAGGACCUGUCUGGGUCUUUCGGCCAAGACAAAGUCCUGGAUUCGCUUCUCCGGGAUGAGCAGAUAAGCAAGCUGGUCCGGAAGAUCACGUCCACCGAAACCUUUGAACGGGAAGAGGCGUAUGAACUCACACCGGAAGAAAAGCUCCAAGCCGAAAAAGACAUCGAGAUGGAACGACUUCGAUCUCGGAACCCGGAGGAGUUCAGGCGUCGGGAGCACGAGCGGUCAUUUCGAUCCCCGCUGCCGUCGUUCGGCCUGUACCAACCUUACCCCACCGACGCUCCAUCUGGCCAAGCCGUCCCGCCCACACCCCAACCCACGACUUUCAUAGCUCCAGCACUCAUUCAGCCACCGCCAGCCCAGGGCGAGCCAGCCAUAGCGCAAGCCAUCCCGACACCAAGCCUGACCACCAUAAACAACACCCCGACGCAGGAGCCCACGCCUGUGCCCCAGCCUGUGCCCCAACCAAUUCUCGCGACGGGAACGCACUUCAAAGUCCCACACACCCCGCCGCCAGCAGGAGAAACCGCAGCGAACGGGUCAUCGAGCUUGACCAACCCCGAUACCCCGUCCACGGCCGUAGAGGUCUCGGGCUCGGACUUUCCAGACUUGUUGGCCGCCCAUAGCGCCUUGUGUCGAGAAGGCCGCCACGCGCGGCACCACCCGGUCGACCUGAUCAACAGGAUCAAGAGCGUGUGGAGCCGGAGCAAAAUCGAGCAGCUGCCGAUGAUGGACAAGAUUCAGAACGUCAAGAAAUGCACACGCAACGCGCGAUUCGCCGAAGCGAUGCUCUCCGGGUAUAUGGAGCCCGAACAACUUGCGUCCAUGACGCGGCUGGAGAUGGAGGAGGUAUCGGCCGCACUGAACGGCCUGGCUGAGGGCGAGUUCAAACAGCGAGUUUGGACGACCAAAGCCGAUCUCAACGUAUGCAUCGGCGCCAAGACAACAUGACGCGCUUUUUUUUUUUUUUCUCUUCGACAACAGGCCACUAACAUGUGAGCGCGACAGCAAAUGCGAGCGGACCUGACGACGAAGGCGGGAAUGGAGAGGCGGCGCACAGGAGAGCUGGGAGGAGAAGGGAAGGAGGGGACUAACCGAAAGGUCCUGCGGUUU